AUGAAGCAAUCUCCAAGGCAAUGGUAUAGAAGAUUUGAUGGCCAUGUGACAAAGGCUGGUUUUGAAAGGAGUAGUUAUGAUUCAUGUCUAUACCACAAGAAUGCAAGUUCCAGAAAUUCAGUAUUUCUUAUACUCUAUGCGGAUGAUAUGUUGAUUACAGGAGAAGACUUGAAUGACAUAAAGGAAGUCAAGAAGAUGUUGAGUGUAGAGUUUGAUAUGAAAGACCUGGGGCAGGCUAAGAAGAUUUUAGGUAUUGACAUCAAAAGAGAUAAACAGGGAAGGAUAUUAUGCUUAUCUCAGGAAGAGUACCUGAGAAAGGUUGUAAGGAAAUUUUCCAUGGAUCAGGCAAAGAAGGUCACUGUCCCACUUGCAGGCCACUUUAAGUUAUCUGCAGAAUAA